AACAAAGACAGCCUUCAGGGUAGUUGGCGCAGUGGUUUCAGAGCGCUGAAAAGUACUUGAGAACAAUUGGGAUUGAGAUCAACAGCUGUCAGAGUGGACUUUACAGACAAAUGCGGUCUUAAUUGACCUCUUUUAAAAUGCAAACCUCCCCGAAUGGCUUUGUUCACUCGCGUGGAUUUAUGCCCUGCUGUCAGUGGUAGUACCAAGUCGUUUCUCUGUCUCAGUUUGUCCUCCAAAGGAAGCCUCCAGGAGACUACAGGAUGAAAUGGACAGUCUUGCUGUUAGAAUACUUCUUGGUCAAAGUUCUGGUGCUGUUGUGCAGCGCGGUCGGGGAAGCGCAGCAGCAGCAGCUCGAGGGGUUUAUAAUGCUCUCAGGAUCCAAUGGGUCCCGGGAUGAGGAGAGCGUUUCUGAACCUCCACAUACUGAGGACAAAUGUCGGGGUUACUAUGAUGUCAUGGGACAGUGGGACCCGCCGUUCGUUUGCCAAACUGGCAAUUAUUUAUUCUGUUGCGGCACUUGUGGCUUCAGAUUUUGCUGCGCUUAUAAAAACUCUCGUUUGGAUCAGAGCACCUGCAAAAAUUAUGAUACACCAGUAUGGCUAACAGGACAGCCACCCUAUAAGAAAACCCUAGACCCUAGACACGAUCCAACCAAGGAUAAAACAAACUUGAUUGUGUAUAUAAUAUGUGGAGUAGUGGCAAUCAUGGCACUGGUCGGGAUAUUUACCAAACUUGGACUAGAAAAGGCUCACAGACCUCACAGAGAAAGUAUGUCUCGAGCUGUUGCGAGCGUAAUGCAAGGCGCCCGUCAGGGUCAGCACGAGGAGGCCAUCGGAAUGCACACACAGCAUUAUGACACUGUGCAGGCGAGAGCAAACAACAUGCAAGGCGGCCAGAUAAACAACAUGAUGCAAACGCACCCGUAUCCAGCCCUCAGCCAGCUGUCCCAUGUCUAUGAGCAACAGCAAUCGGCAAAAGCGCUCAACAAAUACGCCUCACUGAAGGCUGUGGCAGCCAAAGCCAACGGUGAUUUCCUCAACAAGCAACACCGCCACUUGGUCGAGUUGGCAGCUAAGGGAAGCCUGCCACUUCAUCCAGUCAGAAUGGAGCACGUGGAGCCCACAGCUUCCUACGUCACAGAGGUCCCGUGCCUCAAGCAAAAUGGACAGAAGCCCAAGAGCAUUAAACCCAAUGUGGCCCAUCCCGCAAUGGCCUACAGCUCCAAUACCAUCGCAAACCCCGGCAUGCUAAGGAGCUGGGAGGCUGCAGAGACUGCGGGCCGACGCAAAACCUACGGCCCUAGGAAGAUGUGCACGGUGGAUCAGGUUAAUGAGCUACACACUGCCCGCAGUCAUCAUUACCUUCCCACGCAACCCUACUUUGUAACCAACAGUAAGACAGAGGUGACUGUGUAAGAGGCUAAAUACAUUUCGAAGCAAGCGGCAGAGAGCCAAAAGUGAUUAUCGUCAUGAAAGGACUCUCCACACUCUGCCCCUAGUGGACUGGAGGCACAACAGGGGUGAGCAUGUCAUGUCAGCUGACAGUCAGGCCACUAUUUAUAUCCACUGUAACAAUGAUGUGUUUGUGUUCCGUCAAUGAAAAGGUAAAAGGAAACAGAUGUAAAGAAUUGGCACACGAAAAGUUUCAGAUCAAUAGCAAUAAGAUCUAAUAAACGUGUACGAAAG